CACAGACACUCCCACUGAUGCAAAUGAGAACGCGGAUCUCCAUCGUGUGCGGUCGACGCUCCGGCGCGUUUCAUAACACGCCAGAGCUCGAUCCGGUGGUGUGCUCUCAUGUUGCCGGUAGCAGCAGUCACGCGAGCCCGGGCCGAGGUGCACCUCGGGCGGCUACUCACCGGCCGAAGACCGCGGCUCCCCCUGAGCGCCUCGGCGGUCAGCCAAGCCCAGCAGACGCAGGUGGACGUGGGAGCUCGACAUGUGCACUCAGAAGGACGUGGGGCUUGUUCGGGACGGGACAGCGGUGGGGUAUCUGUGGACUUUGAGCACACCCGGGAGGCUUAUAAGAGCAAGGACUCGUUGGAGCUCCUGAGAAGUCUGAUGGUUCUCAAGAUGUGCUCCUUUGACUUCCUGGUUGAUAAGAAUCAAGAGAUAAUGGAUUUCGGGAAGAAGGUGUUGGGUCAGAAAGCCUUUGAUCAGCUGAUGAAGAUGACGUUUUACGGGCAGUUUGUGGCCGGCGAGGAUCACAAGGCCAUCAGGCCGCUCAUCCAGAAGAACCUGGCCUUCGGUGUGGGCUCCGUGCUGGACUACAGUGUGGAGGAGGACAUCAGCCAGGGGGAGGAGCCACACCCAGCAAUGCGUUCAAGCGGCUCCCGUGCAGACAAAGGCGGCGGCGGCGACAGAGACACAUUUGGUGGAUCCCAAACGUAUUUCUAUGCAGAUGAGAGCAAAUGCGACCAACAUAUGGAAACAUUUCUUAAAUGUAUCCGGGCAUCUGGUGGGAGCUCAAUGGACGGCUUUUCUGCCAUCAAAAUGACCGCCCUGGGCCGACCUCAGUUCCUGCUCCAGCUCUCUGAGGUCCUCGUGAAAUGGCGACGAUUUUUCACCUUCCUCGCAUCCAAGCAGGAUCAAGAUGGCAUCGAUGUCUUGGAGCAAAAGUUGAACCUUAAACAGAUGCAGGAAUUUUUGAGCGGCGUGGGAGCAAAAGAUGACUUCUGCAGUGUGUUGACUGCACAGAAAAGGGAAACUUCAGGCACUAUUGACCUCCUAGAAUGGGAUCGCAUCUUUGAUGACAGAGCCAAUCUGGCGCAACUGCUUGUUGUCCCGAACGUUCAGCUCGGUGAACUGCAGCCUCUGCUGAAAGACUUCACCGCCGAGGAGGAGGGCCAAAUGAAGAGGAUAUUGCAGCGCAUGGAUACUUUAGCCCAGCAUGCAGUCAAGAAUGGUGUCCGCUUGAUGGUGGAUGCAGAACAGACCUACAUGCAGCCGGCCAUCAGCAGGCUAACACUGGAAAUGCAGAAGGUUUACAACAAAGACAAGCCGGUCAUCUUCAACACCUACCAAUGCUACUUGAAGGACGCUUUUGACAAGGUAACGUUGGAUGUCGAGUUAUCUCGACGCGAGGGCUGGCACUUUGCCGCCAAGCUGGUGCGAGGGGCCUACAUGCACCAGGAGCGGGAGAGGGCACUAGAAUUGGAUUAUGAGGACCCCAUCAACCCUGACUAUGAGACUACCAACGCAACGUACCACAAAUGUUUGGAUUACAUUCUGGAUGAGAUCGCCCUCCGCAGCAAGGUCAACGUCAUGGUGGCCUCCCAUAAUGAGGACACAGUGAAACACACGCUACAGAGAAUGAACGAGCUCGCUCUGUUGCCCAGGGAAAACAAAGUGUUCUUUGGCCAGCUUCUGGGCAUGUGCGAUCAGAUCAGCUUCCCGCUGGGCCAAGCAGGCUUUCCGGUCUACAAGUACGUCCCCUACGGCCCGGUGAAUGAGGUGAUGCCUUACCUGAGUCGGAGAGCCCAAGAGAACCGAGGCUUCAUGAAAGGCGCCCAAAAGGAGAGAGAGCUGCUGUGGAAGGAGCUGAAACGCAGAUUGGCCUCCAGGGAGUUUCUCUACAGACCCAUCUACUGAAAGCGGUCCGAAAUGAUGACGUCAACUGAAAUAAACGGCGUUGUUCAGUGAACCUAUGAAUGACAAAUGUGAUGAAUCACUGGGCCAAAUGAGCUGAUCUGACCGCAUCCGUACCCAUGGAAUCUCCCUGGCCACGCGGCAAUCUGAUGAGAGCCGACGAGUAAACAAAUGAGUCCUGGGAGUAAACACAACAGAUGGGACAGACGAUGACUAAUCUCACCGGCCUGAGCUGAGGCGCAGCGUACCACGGAAAAUAAAACGCAAUGGAGGGCUGGAAUGCAAAGUGUGUGACUGAAAAUGUGUAUAUUUCACACAGUGGACUCAAUCAUCUUCAAUCAUCUUCACUGCUUCAAAGUUAUUCAAAUCAUCUGCAUACUUUUGAUUCUUUUCCAGGCAGUCAUCAAUACUGAAAAGUUUGUUUUAGAGCAACUACUUUUCGCUGAGAGGGAAGCUGUCAAGGGGGCAAUACCGCGCCGAAGUCGAGGGCAACCCCAAACUUUGUUAUUUUAAUGAGCUUGGAUGCAAAAAAAGAAAAGGUAAUUGGUGGGACGGACUUAAUUAGCAAUGACAGUUAACGGCUCGGUGGCAGAGGGGUCAUCUAUCCCUGGCCAUUGUGACCAUUUCGAAGUGCCCUUGAGCAAGAUACUGAACCCCCAGAAGCUCCUGAUGCUGCGUCACCAGUACGUAACGGUGUGAAGCGCUUUGAGUCGUGCGAAGGUAGAACAUCGCAAUACAAGUAGCAGCCCAUUUCAUUCAGCUCAACUGAUAGCAAGCUUGCUAGUUAGCACCCAUGUGCUUAACUAGCCAGUCUUUCAAUAAUAACAUUAACUUCGUCUGAAUUUCAAAUACAUGUUUUUUUUUUUUUUUAAAUCAACGUGCCUGUUAAAAUGUAAAUUACACGAGACACAAUGGUGAAAGGGUUCAAAAGUGAUUAACCUAAGACAAGGAAACUGCAUCUAUACUCUCGUGACACUUAGCUAGCCUGUUAGCUUGCAUUUAGCACGGUUCACCGACUGAGCCCACAACUCAACAUAGCGGUUUCGAUUUUCAGAGUGUAAAAACAAAUAUGAUUUAGGUCAUGAAAGUAUACGACACACGUUGAGGUAAAUCUGCAUUUUGAAUGAGUUAUUUAACAGUUGGCCGUGUCAAAUGUUUACAUCAUCCUUACACGGUAGAUGACAAACGCUGAACGUCACACGCUGUCCCCCCCCCGAUACCUAAGUCUACGUUUCCGUGCCAAUGAGUGGCGCCCAUGUAUUAUAGAUCAUUAGACCACUUUCAUCUCCUCUCUUUGAGAUGCAUGCAGUUUUGCCUUUGAAAGCUAUCGGCACAGCUCAGCACGAAUUAGGCUCGAACGGAUAAAAGAAGAGCGCCUGCGUAGUUGAUGAAACGUGUCGAAGGGAAGUGCUCUCAAUCCAAUUUCCCACCUCUGUCCCCGAAACACAUGACAAACAUUUUUCUGUCAGAAAAAUAUUUCUUUGCGCUUCUAAAAUGUAUGUACGGUAUUCUAUUCAGUUCAUGUUAACAUCAUAUGAACGCUGCUGUAUGAAGACAAAAAUGGUCACCCUAUUUUUUUUUCUUACCCCCCCCCCCGUCCCCUCUUGCCCCCAGAAAAAGGUGUAUAUCAUAGAGUCCACAUUGAUCUCGAGUUUCAAACACAUGCAUCGAUUCUCCCGUCAUUUAUCAUGUCCGUCUCUUGGGGGUGAGAGAUGAUUUGGGGUGGCUCAGUGUUUUGGUCAUUAGUUUGGACUCGUGCAGCGCUGCGGUGGUGAAAAAUAACUCCGCUAUAUGAAGGCCACCUGUUGUUUUCAGAAGAAAUAUAACGACAUCCCACAACUGGAUGUCUUGGCGAACUGACUGAUGGGCGACAUGCAGGCGCUUGGUUGCUUGUCAAUUAAAGCUCCAAAUGGGCUUGGAGAAGACCAACAAGGUGUUGCCAGCUAAACUCGAAGUACGGAGAUAACUGACCGACUCAUGAGAAUGCUGCGCAAGAAACAGCGGGGGAGGGACAAGAAGGAGCUGAUUGAUUGAUGUGUCACAAUCAGACGGGAAGCACAAAAGGACAUUUUUAACCUGAAGGAGUCCUUCAAAUAGUCACCCUCAUUUGCCUUUUUUUUGAAUGACAGUUUUAUAUUGAGUCUGUAAGCCUUUUUUUCUUGUCAGGCCAAGUACUGUAAAUGCUUUUAUCGACCUGUGCUUAUAAAAGCAAACAUACUGUACAAAAAAGUUUCCCCUUUUCAAUAUUGGAAAAAAA